ACGAGUAAUUUAAAUGUAAUAACUUGCUAACAUGUCAAGAGUGUUUAAGGUGUGUCUUAGUAACAUAUUGAGGAAGUUAGUUAAGUUUGCAGAGAGUAAUAUGAGCCGUGCUCGGUUGCAGCUAGCUUCCUACUGCUACGUAGCUGCCAUUUUAUGUCGAUUGUGAAUGAACAUGUGCUUUAAUAAGAUAUUUUGCGGCAUUAUUUGUGUAAUUGUUUUUCAAACACUUUAUUGCCUGUUGAUAAAUUGAGUUAUGGUUUACUGAGUUAAAGCUUUGUACUUGACAGUUAUUUUGAAAAUAGUAUUUGUUUCAGUGAUGUACAGUGUAUACUGUUGUGACUUGAAUAAAACUAUCUAUUUCCUGUAGAUCUGUUAUUCUGUAAAAUGUGUUACUUAUGUAAAAUGAUUGCACUAAAAGUUCUCAAUGAGUAAACAUGAACCUAUCACUCUUGUGAUUCUUUCCCCCCUUGUUCAGGGAUGUAACACUAAACCACCACCUGCUAAACCACCACCUGCUAAACCACCACCUGCUAAACCAAAAUCUGCUAAACCACCACCCGCUAAACCACCUACUGCCACUGACUACUCUGGAACCUUAUCUGCUGUGGAGGCAAAUGGCAGUUGAUUCCGAUUAGGUUCAGCCCCCUGUACUGUGGGCCUGUUGUGAUCAGGAACAAUGCCGGUCCGGUGGUUAAAGCUUGGAGAACUUUCCAGUUCAUCAGCCCCAUCAUCACCUACAUGCGUGGGGGAUCCCAGCAGGUGGUGGUGAGGAUGCACCACGUGAGUAGGGUGAGAGGCCUGGAGACUCAACUGGUGUGGGCCAUCUCCAAGGAGACAGCUUAGUCCAGAGGGCAUCCCCUACUGUGCCACCAAAGUGCAGUCCAUCACUUGGAUCCAGCGUGUGGCUGGCAGGGUGACCCACUAUGCGUCUCACCUCCGCCACGAGACGUCUGUGGACGUGACGCUUGGCUGCUACCAGCAGACUGAUGUCUCAGUGGUGUACGCCACUCUCCACAUGGGGCUGGACGGGCUUCUCUCCUCUUCAGCGUGGUCGGAGGCUGCCUCCUUCUCUACGCCCACCACUCAGCAGUUCACUGACCCAGAGCCUGAGGGCCACAACUGCUAUGAGGGCUGGGAGGAGGACCUGCUGCCUGAGGAGAGGGAGGUUCCUCUGCUAAACCUCUACCUUAUCACCAAGAGAGUGGAGGACAUCGCCCUGAGGCUCAUCUCCCUGCGCCAGGCCUUCACUACCCUGCUUGGUUCCACCCUGAGCAGGAACCGUCUGUUUGUGGCGGGAAAGGUUCUCCUGGGCGCACUGGUUCAGGCCAACCACAUGGACGAGGCCAAGUUCAUCCGUACCUAUAAGGACUUUGUGGACUACCUGAGUGACCCCUCCAAGCGGAAUGACAUUGAGAGGGAGCUGGCUGAGGCAAAGAUCCAUCAUGUGAACAUGAUAGAUGUCCUCUUUGAGCUGGUGCUGUUUGGGUUAAUGACAGCUCAGAAGUCCCUGAUGGUGCACCCUGGUGGGUUCGUGGAGCGUCUGUACGCUCUCCUGUACUCCUUCCUGCCCACUGCUGCCAACAUGGAGCCAGAGGCUGACAGAUACCUGCUGCUGCUCAAUGAUUCUUGUGACACUUUGCCACCCAACAGGGAUCUAGACACCAAUGCACUACAUUACUUUCCUGACGCCCACUGUUGA